GGUCAGGGGGCUCCUGACUCUGCCUCAGAGGGCUGUCCAGAGCCUGGCAGUGAGGGCCAGGGGAAGGCAGACAGGCAGAGGUGGUGAGAGACACAGCAAAGGAAAGCCACGGAAAGAGAGAAAGAGGAGGACCCCAAAAGGGACAAGGACCCCAACAUUCAUCCACGCAGCCGCAGCAGCAGCUGGAGCCAGCCCUGGGAGAAGCUCUGCUCCCUGUUGGUCCCCAUGGGCCACCGUGUGCCAUGGCUGCACACCUCUCUCCUCUGGGCUGCCGUGGCCAGCCUGCUCCUCCCCCCUGCCAUGACCCAGCAGCUGAGAGGGGCUGGGCCGGGCCCCAGCAACUGGGACGACCAUGCAGGAGUCUCAGGGCCCUCAGAGGACGGGUCUGCUGAGUUUGGCCAUCCCAUCCACAGCCAGAGAGGCCAUGGACAUGAGAACAAGGAUGUUUCCACAGAGAGUGGGCAUCAAUUCCAGAGCCACAGAGACCACAAAGAAGCGGAUGAAUAUGUCUCCAGGGAACACGGUCACCGAGUCCAAGGCCACAGGUACCAAGGCGAUGAGGCUGGGGAUGAGAAUGUCUCUGAGGAGGAGGUCUUCACAGAGCAUGCUCAGCAGGCCCAUGGGCACAGAGACCAUGGGAACAAAGACCUGGAUGAUUCGGCCGAGCAUGGGCACCACUUCCCCAGCCACAGGAGUCAUGGCCACCAAGAUGAGGAUGAGGACGAAGUUGUGUCCAGUGAGCGUCAUCAUCGUAUCAUCAGGCAUGUACACCAAGGCCACAGAGGAGAAGAGGAUGAUGGGGAAGAUGAGGAGGAGGGGGGUGUCUCCACUGAGUACGGACACCAGGCCCACAGACACCAAGGCCACGGGAAGGAAGAGGAUGAAGAUGCCUCAGAUGAACAUCACCAUCAUGUCCCUGGCCACAGACACCAAGGCCAGGAAGGAGAAGAAGAAGAUGAUGAUGAAGAUGAUGAUGAUGAUGAUGACGUCGCUACUGAGUACAGACGCCAGGCCCACAGGUACCAAGGCCAUGGGAAGGAACAGGAUGAAGAUGCCUCAGAUGAACAUCACCAUCAUGUCCCCAGCCAUGGGCACCGAGACCAUGGAGAUGAGGAAGAUGAGGAUGAGUCCACUGAACAUUGGCACAAAGUUGCCAGACAUACCCACCAUGGCCUUGGAGAUGAGGACGAGGAGGAAGAGGAGGAGAUCACAGUCAAGUUCAGCCACCAUGUUGCGAGCCACCAACCCGAAGGCCACAAGAGCUCUGAGGAAGAGGACUUCCCAGAUGAGUAUGAAACAGCAGUCCCUGGCCAUCACCACCACGGAGUCCCCAAGGAGGAAGAUGAGGACAUCUCUGCCAAGCUUGGCCACCAGGCUCCCAGCCAUGGGCAAGAAGGCCACAGAGAUGAAGGGACUGGCCACAGAGGGUCCAUCAAAGAGGAAAGUAGCCACCAGCCCCCAGGGCACACGGGGGUCAAGGAUAGAAGCCAUUUCAGGGGCGGAGACUCUGAGGAGGAAGAGGAAGAGGAGAAGGAAGAGGACCACAGCUCCCAGGAGGAAGAUGAUGAAGGCUUAGAGCUGGGAGAAGGCACCCAUCAUGGCAGCCUGGGUCAGGAGGAUGAGGAAGAGGAAGAGGAAGGUCAUGGUGUCAGCCUGAGCCAGGAGGAGGAGGAGGAGGAGGAGAGGAGGGGAGAGAGGGCUGAGCUUCGGGCUCCACUGAGCCAAGAGCACCGGGAGGAAGAAGACGAGGAAGAUGAGCUCCCCUUCACCAUCAUCCCCAACCCACGGGCCAGGAAGGAGGUGGCUGGAGGUGCCUCCAGUGAGGAGAGUGAGGAAGACACUGGUCCACAGGAUGCCCAGGAGUACGGGAACUACCAGCCAGGGUCCCUGUGUGGCUACUGCACCUUCUGCAAUCGGUGCACGGAAUGUGAGAACUGUCACUGCGACGAGGAGAACAUGGGAGAGCACUGUGACCAGUGCCAGCACUGCCAGUUCUGCUACCUCUGCCCGCUGGUCUGCGAAACGGUCUGCAGUCCAGGAAGCUACGUCGACUAUUUCUCCUCGUCCCUGUACCAAGCCCUGGCGGACAUGCUGGAAACUCCGGAACCCUGACCUGGCCGCGUGGCUGCGCGCAGACAUACCUCCCCAGCCCUCCAAACCCCCUUCACGAGCCAUAUUUAUUUCUCUGAAUAAACGUGCUUCCCUAAAGCCA